AUGCCUCGCCUCAACUUCAACGUCGACGAGGCCACAUUGUUGAAAGCAUAUAAAAUCAGCUCGCUAAACCCAACAAAAUGGGAAGAGGUUGACCAUGACUUCGACGAGAGCAUAGCAAAUGCCACCACAAUGCUCGCGCCAUCAGCAGCAGGGAACACCAGCGAUAAACAAAGAGAAGAUUUGCUGGGCUUAGGUCCUGCCAAGAGCGUGAAGGAUUUAGAUAUGGAGACCAAAUCAUCUCUUUUGCUCUCCUCGAGAACCUUUUCACCAGCACAGUAUCUCGCUUUUGCCCACCCUAACGCUACGUAUCAUGAUCUUUCGCGUGGCGUUGCUCAUUUGCAAAAAUCCAUCGAGUCACGGGAAGAAGCGUUACGAGUACUUGUUGAAGAAGGAUUCGAUAGAUUCGUCGUUGUUAAAGGAGCAGUAGAUGGUUUAUAUGAAGACAUGAAGCAAGGUAUCUUGUCCCCUGAAACGGAGCAUGGAACCCAACCUCUUCGAAACCUGUUGAAAGACGGUGCACGAAAGGCCAAUCAAAUAUUCCUUCCCGCUCUUGAGACAGUGUCCAAGGCGGAUAAAUUGCGCACGACGCUGAGUGUGUUCGAACGCUCCAGAUUUUUCUUCAACCUCCCGAGUUUUAUCAUGGAAUCUAUCGAUGCUGGAAAAUUUGAUCUAGCUUUGAGAGAUUAUAAGAAAGGAAAAUACCUUCUGGAAAAUCGACCGGGCCAACUUCUUCCGAUUUCGUCGUCUACAGGCUCUUCCUCUGGCACCAGUUCUUCUGCUUAUCCCACUGGAACUGCAUCUGAAACCCACCUCAAGCAAAUGCAAGCUCAACAAAAAAGGAUCUUAAAUAAGGUCUGGGCAAGUGUGGAAAAGGCCAUGGGUGAGAUGCGCAAGGUCUUGAUAGUCCAACUACAGGAUUCUUCUAGAAGUAUCGAAGACCACGAAAGAACGCUAGAGACGUUAUUGGAGCUUCAGACUGGUGCAAUAUCGAAUGCCGAAGAUUUGAUAUGGACAUACUUCGACAAUCAUCAUCUUCACAUCAUGGACAAGAUGAAUUCCACCCAUAGAACUGGGAUGAAGAUGAUAACAGGCAAGCUGACCGCACUGCAGGGAAUGAAGUCCACUGGGUCAAGUCAUGCUGAAAAGACGAGUGCAAUAACAAACUCUUUAGUAUCGCAACUCAGAUUGGCCAUGAUGAGUCUUGAUGCUGGAGAUUCAGAUAGAGAUAUUGCCAGAUUAGCGAGUCGAAGUGAACCAGUGUGGUCGGCGAUUCUGAAUCUCGUCAAAUCUGUUUCGGAGGUUGUUUCGACUUCUUUGCCCAGCUUCUGGAAAGUUGGUAAAGACUUCCUCGAAGGGCGAUUCACAAAGCCUUCAACUGACAAAGCUUCGUCAAGAAGAAGCCCACGUCAAUGUCGGACUAUGGUGUACGACAUCGUUAAACUUUAUAUAUCUCUCAUUUCCCAAGCGUUCAUGCUUUCCGACGUGGCCGUCAUGAGCCGAUCUCAAUCUUCUCAACUUCUAACGGGUGGACCGGAAUCAAAAAAUUAUCAUAGUAAAAAUUAUCAAGGCGCUGCUCCAUAUCAAUCUCCUGCUAUUUUCCCUCAUGAGUCAGCCUCCCUUUCAACCGCCUUUUAUCUCCAAAACAUUUUAGGGGAGGUGGUGGAAUGUGCUGGGGAUUUGAUAGGGUUAGACCUGGACGCACCAGGAUCAGCAGAGGUAAAGAAUGGGUUGAAGAGCUUAAUUGAGAGCUUAAAAUGGAGGAGUAUCGACUUUCUUGGGAAUGAAUGGAUCAGAGACGCAGGUUUAUUUUAUCACCUCGAAGUUUGGGUCGCUAGUUCCACUACGAAUGUCGAUUCGAAAUCUAAACGCUCCAUAAUUCCUACUCAGCAUUUGGAGCAGUUUGAAAGGUUUCAGCGGUAUAUGACGACCGCUUCUUACAAAAUUGCUUCUACUACCAAUAGUGAAUUUUUCCCGUCGUCGUCCUCAGCGGCUGCGAAGGCAGCUAUAUCGCCACUAGGAAGGCAAGCUCAGGCAAAGGUCGUACUCCCACAGAUGCUGGUGGGUAAGGUUACCAGAGCCUUUGUGGAUGCUUCAUACAAGUUCCUGGACGGCCUGAUGCUUUUGGCGUCCGAUGAUGCCCCUGUUGCCCGCGGGGACUUUGAGCAGGUUACUGCAAUUGCGGGAAGCGAAAUGAGUUUAUCCCAGCUGUUCGAUCUGAGAGAUGGGAAUAUUCGAUUGUUGCUGGUUAUGGCAAAUAUGGAUUGCUUUAAGAAAGUCUUCAUCCCGGGGAUGAUUAUUCAAUUGGAAAAAGCUUUCAAUGUGUCAAUGACAGAAGACCGAGCGGCCUUGGGGAAUGCCGUAGAUCAACAAGAUCAGGUUCUUUUUGAGGCAUACAUUAAGCCAAGGGCUCGUGUAAUCAAAGAGGAAAUGAGCAAGGCAUUGCUUCCGGGAGGAGACAUCGAUUGGUACAGGACACCUCAACCCGUUGCGUUGAGGCCGUAUGUUUCAGAAAUCAUGAACUACCUCGUCGAAAUACAUUCGCAAGUGUGCAAUGUCGCGCCGUCCUUGUUAGAUAGGGUGGUUAUUGCCUUGAUUGACGAAUUAAACAAGCUCGUGAUGGAACUCACGUUUAUUCACAAAUCUUUGGCCAAUUAUGGUCGAGACACGAGUGCCGGUAAACGACUCGAGGAAAUCUAUACCAAGGAGGCCACUCAGGCAUACGCUCCAUCUGCGAGAGAGGAUAAAGAUUUUCAAAAGGCGUUUGAUGAGAUGCAAGAAACACUAGCGAAUGCAAGGCGGUCAACGGGUGUUCAAUUUUUGUGCUUUAGAAAAAUGAAGGAGAAGGAGAAGCUUAAAGAGAGUGACGACAGGGAGCUUUCCAGGAAGGACAAGCAUGCGGGAAGGAUGCGGGUGCCUAGAAAUAAAUAA